AUGCCUUUCUCCAAGAACGUCAAGAGCGAUGCGUACUUCAGCCGCUACCAGACUAAGUACCGCCGUCGUCGCGAGGGUAAGACCGACUACUACGCUCGCAAGCGCCUGAUCACCCAGGCCAAGAACAAGUACAAUGCGCCCAAGUACCGCAUGGUCGUCCGUUUCACCAACCGCGACAUCAUCACCCAGAUCGUCUACUCCGAGAUCUCCGGUGACAAGGUUCUUGCCGCUGCCUACUCCCACGAGCUGAAGGCCUACGGUAUCACCCAGGGUCUGACCAACUGGGCCGCCGCUUACGCCACCGGUCUGCUCCUUGCCCGCCGUGCCCUCGCCAAGCUUGGCCUUGCUGAGCAGUUCAAGGGUGUCGAUGAGGCUACUGGUGAGCACACCCUCGCCGAGGCCGUCGAGACCGAGGACGGUGAGCGCCGCCCCUUCAAGGCCUUCCUUGAUGUUGGUCUUGUCCGCACCUCCACCGGUAACCGUGUCUUCGGUGCCAUGAAGGGUGCCUCUGACGGUGGUAUUCUCAUCCCCCACUCCGACCGCCGUUUCCCCGGUUACGACAUCGAGACCGAGGAGCUCGACGCUGACCUUCUCCGCAACUACAUCAUGGGUGGUCACAUCUCUGAGUACAUGGAGACCCUCGCCGAUGAGGAUGAGGAGCGCUUCAAGUCUCAGUUCACCAAGUACGUCGAGGAUGAGGUUGACGCUGGUGACCUCGAGGAGCUCUACACCGAGGCCCACGCCGCCAUCCGUGAGGACCCCUUCAAGAAGGAUGAGGAGGCUGGUGAGAAGAAGACCAAGGAGGAGUGGAAGGCCGAGUCCAAGAAGUACAAGGUCGCCAAGCUCACCCACGCCCAGCGCAAGGCCCGCGUCGCCGAGAAGAUCCGCGAGCUUACCCAGUAA